AUGAACCACAACUUCUGCUUCUUAUCUCUGCUUCCAAUUCUCCUCUCAUCCGUCGCAUACUUCUUCUACCUCUUCGUGCCUGAAUCUGACAUCCCACUUCGUUACCAGAUUCCCAGUUAUCGGGCAGCUAUCGAUAGCCGCAAUCACCCCACCAUCCCACCACCAAUCUCCAGCGCCAAUUCUCCAUCAUCAACAGAAACAUUCUCGCGCAACAAACCGAUCGCAAAUAUGGGUGGACAACCAAACCUUCUCGCCUUCCCAGACGUUGACAAGCUCGCGCCAACCUUGAGAACCUACAUCCUCCAAGCCCAAACCGCAGGCCUCCACCGUCAUGAUUCCUUCAAAGUCGCAGUGUCCGGCGGCUCCCUCCCCAAAACCCUCGCAAAAGCUCUUUUAGCCCCAGCAACAUCGGCGGAAGAAAAGCUACAAUUCGACAAAUGGGAGAUCUUCUUCGCAGACGAACGCGCCGUUCCUCUCGACCAUGAAGAUUCGAAUUACUGCCUCCUCAAAGCCGAACUCCUCGAUAAAAUCCCCGCCGAGCUGGGCCAGCCGAAAGUCCACACCAUCAACACGGAUCUCCUGGACGACGUCCAGGAAAUGGCAGACCAGUACGAGAAACUCCUCGUCGAAUCCUUCGCCGCCAGAGAUAGCGUCAAACUCCCCAUCUUCGACCUCCUACUUUUGGGAUGCGGUCCAGACGGUCACACAUGCAGUCUCUUCCCCGGCCACGAACUGCUCCGCGAGACAGACUGCUGGGUCGCGCCGAUCGAGGACUCACCCAAGCCGCCCGCGAAACGCAUCACUCUCACGCUCCCCGUCGUCACGCACGGCGUCAAGAUCGCCUUCGUCGCGACCGGCGGCGGCAAGAAGGAGAUUAUGAAACAGAUCUUUGAGGGCGGUGGUGGGCUGCCAUGCACGCUCGUCAACGAGGGCGGUCUCGAUCGCGUCACCUGGUUCACGGACUCGCCUGCUGUGGAGGGCGUUAGUUUUCCGCGUAGGGGAAGUUUGUAG